AUGUCAGCAGCGCAAGGCGGUCUCACGCGACGCCGCGGCGGAGGCGGUGGUGGCGCUGGUCCCGGCAACGAGACGGGCGAGGGCGCCAGCAACGCCGCCAGCCGUACAAACAGCUCUUCCAACUUCCGCGACAGCGCCCCCGAGACGAGCUAUGAGAGCGGCGAGAACGGCCACAAGAUCGCUUUUGACCCUCGUGACAUUAGCGAGAGUGCCGAGCGCAGCAAACAGCCCAAGCUGACCCUCAUGGAGGAGGUCCUGCUGCUGGGCCUCAAGGACAAGCAGGGAUACCUCUCUUUCUGGAACGACAACAUUUCGUAUGCCCUCCGCGGUUGCAUCGUCCUCGAGCUCGCCCUGCGUGGCCGCGUCAGCAUGCAGAAGGACCCUUCGAGGCGGCGCUUUCCCCUCGCCGACCGCCUCAUCGAAGUGAUCGACGAUACCCUGACAGGCGAGGUUCUCCUCGACGAGGCCCUCAAGAUGAUGAAGCAGAGCGAGAAGAUGAGCGUCAGCUCGUGGGUGGACCUGAUGAGCGGCGAGACGUGGAACCUCAUGAAGAUUGGCUACCAACUAAAACAAGUUCGCGAGCGCCUCGCCAAGGGUCUCGUCGACAAGGGCAUCCUCCGCACCGAGAAGCGCAACUUCCUCCUCUUCGACAUGGCCACGCACCCCGUCGCCGACGGCGGCGCCAAGGAAGAGAUCCGCCGCCGUGUACGCCUUAUCCUGACCCAGCGCACCGUCGUCCUGCCCCCGUCGCAGUUCCUCCCCGAGAGCCUCGAUUUCCGCUACGUCCGCACCCUGGCCAUGGUCUGCGCCGCCUACGCCGCCAACGUGCUCGAGAACGCCCUGACGCCGCUCGGCCACGAGGCCCGCGAGCGCGCCUUUGCCCAGACCGACGAGCUGCUCGCCGACUACAGCCAGUGGCCCUUUGGCAAGAAGGCCGAAUGCAACAACAACAAGGACAAGGAGCUCCAGCUCGAGGUCGUCGCCGCGUGCCUCAGCGUCUUCACCCGCCUCGACUCCCUGCUAUAA